GGCAUUACUGCUUCCAUGCCGAGCGCUGUUCUGUUUUGGAGGCGCGAUAUGUAUGAGCUUAAAUUUUAAUUAAAAAUGCUGUGAUACGCAAUGUGAUUUUUCUCUUUUCCUUUCCACAAGUAAAGUUUUCGAUAGUCAUGCUUCUCCGUAGUGUUUUGUGUGGUUUUUGGUUGAUUUGAAUGGAACAGAUGAAAACAAAACGAUUUGCUCUACUCCUUGCUUGUGUUUUGUGCAGUACUGUACUAGUACUUCUUUUUCAAGAUCCUUCAGUUCAACCCUCAAUUCAAACUCUGGUGACUCAAACCCAUACAAGAAUAGCAAACUGGAAAACUUUUCAGGUUAACAGAAAUUCAUUUACUGUUCCCGAUCCAGAAGAAAAAUACCUGAAGCAAUUAGGCUUUCAAGUUGAUAAACCUUGUCUUUAUCCAAAAUGCAAAUGGACUAAUGUGACAUUGCCUGUUUUUGUGACUGCAGUUUUAUCUAACAAUGGCCAUUUUGUAUUUGGAUUUUUGAAGUCAUUCCACCACUUCUUUCCAGACCAUUUAGUGAUAAUGUAUAACUUGGGACUAAGUCCAUCAGAAUAUUCUUUGGUCAAUGGACUUUGUAACUCAACCAAUUGUUUGUUAAGAGACUUUGAUUUUGGUCCAUAUCCAUCACACAUUAAAAACUUGGAAUUAAAUGCCUAUAGACCAAUUGUUAUUCAAGAAGUUUUAAACCAAGCUGGAGCAGUAAUUAUGAUGGAUGUGCAAUAUGUUUUCACUUCUGGAGAAAUUCACAGCAUUUUAAAGCAAGCUGAGAAGGAGGGUCUUGUUUCAUGGUCCAUCCAUCAACCUACAUCAGCUUUGACUCAUCCACGUAUGUUUGAUUUCUUCAAUACAAGGCAAGAGAAAUUCUUUUUUCACCGUAUGGUGGAGCCAAAUCAUAUUGUGUUAUACAAUCUUCAAUCUAUUCACUUUCGUGUGAUGCUUCCUUGGGUGAAAUGUUCUCUUGUUCCAAAUUGCAUUGCACCUAUUGGUUCACAAAAUUCUGGCUGUAGAUUCGACAAAAAGCCUCUUUAUCGUUAUUCAGGGUGCCAUCGCUAUGACACCUCAGCAUUAAAUGUUGCUUUAGGUGUUAUGUUUGAUUUUUCAUCUAGUCAUUAUUAUGCUAAGGAAGAAGAUAAGUUCUUUCACCUUGUUGACGUUGACAAAGAAGUGACAAACUCUGAAAAGAAUUCUACCAUUUUUCCAGAUUCUACUUAAAGCAUUAUUAUUUUUAGAAGUUUUAUUAUUGUAUUAUUUCCUGUACAUUCCUGUAAUCUUCUCAGAAGGUAAUUAUUAUUGUGCCAGUACUCAUGUAUUAGCAUCUCAUUUGAUUUUCUGCUAAAACCUUUGUAAGUUUGAUUUUCAGGAAUUUUGCACCAAAGAUUGAAUAAAAAUUUUGUGU